UACAUUGGAUAUUUAAAAAUAACAACUAUACAUGCCCUAGCAAAACGAUUUUUAUACCGCCAGUAAACUUACAAUGAUAUCGAAUAAGCAUGAACAAUGUAAACGACGCUAAAACAUCGGAAAAAGAGAUUAAAGGAACAUUGAGUUUUAAGUGUCAACGGUGUAUCCUUUUUAUCUUAAAAAUCUCCGUUAUAGUAGAAGUGGUAACUCUUUUGGUACUUGUUGUACACUGGAGGAAUGUUCGAGAAAUAAGUUUGGCUCCGAGACAACUAAAAGUGUGUUAUCCACGGCAUGAACUAGUUAUAAGUGAUGUCAGAAAUACAACUUGUGGAAACAGACUAACAUUUAAAAAAGACCCAAAAAAUACAACAUACUGUUGUGGCAACAUGAGUGACGUUUUAAUAUUGGUCCUGGAAAAGAUUGCUUCAGAAAGAUACGAUAGCGACAUUAACCCAGAAAUGAUAUUUUUUGACCUGACGAAUUUUGGCUGUGCAUCGUCCAAACAUGUAGUGUCAACGCUUAGGCUUACUUCUGCACCGGAAAAGUCAUUAGUUCCGGUAGGCAUUCACUACAAAAUGUCCCUAAAGAUUGAUUCCUCGUCAGUUGCAAAUUCCGGACUUAGAUAUUUGGAAACAGAAGACAUGGUGUUGAUUGAGGCAACGGCCUUUUUCUACAUUUUUUCACAGCUGAAAAUAAAAAUUGGGAAUACUUUUGAUAAUAAUAUUGUACAUUGUGUACAGUUAUUAUCUAGUAACGGCACAACAUCUGUUCUGCUUGAAGAAUUAACUUCACCGUGUAAAAUGGCAUCUGAGGAGUCAUCAGAGAAGACCAGCACCAUUGGAGCUACAUUUUGGCUAACAGAAGGAGAUCGAGUGUAUGUGACCACAUCUCAUCCUCAAGAAAUUAUAAAUCAUUUGAGCAUAUUCAAGUUGUAGGCAUGUUCACAAAAGUAAAACAUGAGAUUACAUGCAUUUUGAUUAUAACAUUAUACAUGUCACAUCAAUCCUUCUUUCAUUCUCUAAAUGAAUUCAAAUUUAAUAACCAAA